AUGAGGGUGCCCCUUCUCCUGCUCUUGGCUUCUUCUCUGCAUGCCACAAGACCACUGGGUGAAAAGGCCUUCCCAAAGAGAGAGGCGCGGAGGGUUUCAUCAUGCGUGCGAUGCUGCGGGCCGGCUGAGCAGCCCAGCUCCAUCACGGCUUCCCGCUACACUCGGAUGACCAGCGACUCCGUCUAUGCCAUGCCCAGGAUCCAGCCCACCAUCAACAUCACAAUCUUGAAAGGUAAGCAGCCGUCCAAGAUUAGUCCUUCUUCCCUGCAAGAGUCGCUUCACGUGGGCACAUUUAUCACUCAAUGUCUGCAGCAUCCAGCGAUGAAGCUAGCGUGUGUGAAUAGCAUUCAGAAACCAUAGAUAUUGAUUAUUUAUUGAUUUGCAACAUACUUUUUUUAAAAAAAAAACCUGCUUUACAACACCCCCAUCUCCCCACCAAAGGCUUAUGAAUGUCAAUGAUAAGACAGUCUUUGCCCUCCGUCUUAUAACUGAAAAGACACAGCACAAAAGGAAAAAGGCUUUGGAGGGAGGAGGCGGAAAAAGCAAACCCAGGCUCUGUUUCUUAGUUACAGAGUUCUCAUAAUGACCAGUUGGAAAGGAAAAGAACUCAACCUCAUUUUAAAUGUACUCUUUUUUCAGUGGAACAAAUUCACACAUUCAGCUACAAACAAUUUGGUGCUGACUAAUCUGGUGAUGGAUGGACGUUCCUCUAGGGGCCGUCCUCAUGACUUAGCUACCUUUACCUUCAUCCCUUAAUUCCGUCUCCCCGCUGAACAAAGUUUAUGUAUUUACCUGAAAGUAUUUUCCUUAAGUUGCUUUUUAGGGCUUUGCCCUCACAAAGUGAUACACAGCCAAGAGCAAGGGAAAUUAUCAAGAUAUAGUAGUAGAAUCAUAGAAUAGAAUCAUAGAAUCAUAGAGUUGGAAGAGACCACAAGGGCCAUCGAGUCCAACCCCCUGCCAAGCAGGAAACACCAUCAGAGCACUCCUGACAUAUGGUCGUCAAGCCUCUGCUUAAAGACCUCCAAAGAAGGAGACUCCACCACACUCCUUGGCAGCAAAUUCCACUGUCGAACAGCUCUUACUGUCAGGAAGUUCUUCCUAAUGUUUAGGUGGAAUCUUCUUUCUUGUAGUUUGGAUCCAUUGCUCCGUGUCCGCUUCUCCGGAGCAGCAGAAAACAACCUUUCUCCCUCCUCUAUGUGACAUCCUUUUAUAUAUUUGAACAUGGCUAUCAUAUCACCCCUUAACCUCCUCUUCUCCAGGCUAAACAUGCCCAGCUCUCUUAGCCGUUCCUCAUAAGGCAUCGUUUCCAGGCCUUUGACCAUUUUGGUUGCCCUCCUCUGGACACGUUCCAGUUUGUCAAUGUCUUUCUUGAACUGUGGUGCCCAGAACUGGACACAGUACUCCAGGUGAGGUCUGACCAGAGCAGAAUACAGUGGCACUAUUACUUCCCUUGAUCUAGAUGCUAUACUCCUAUUGAUGCAGCCCAGAAUUGCAUUGGCUUUUUUAGCUGCCGCGUCACACUGUUGGCUCAUGUCAAGUUUGUGGUCAACCAAGACUCCUAGAUCCUUUUCACAUGUACUGCUCUCAAGCCAGGUGUCCCCCAUCUUGUAUUUGUGCCUCUCAUUUUUUUUGCCCAAGUGCAAUACUUUACAUUUCGCCCUGUUAAAAUUCAUCUUGUUUGUUUUGGCCCAGUUCUCUAAUCUGUCAAGGUCGUUUUGAAGUGUGAUCCUGUCCUCUGGGGUGUUAGCCACCCUCCCAAUUUGGUGUCAUCUGCAAAUUUGAUCAGGAUGCCCUUGAGUCCAUCAUCCAAGUCGUUGAUAAAGAUGUUGAAUAAGACCGGGCCCAAGACAGAACCCUGUGGCACCCCACUAGUCACUCUUCUCCAGGAUGAAGAGGAACCAUUGAUGAGCACCCUUUGGGUUCGGUCAGUCAGCCAGUUACAAAUCCACUGAGUGGUAGCAUAGUCAAGACCACAUUUUACCAGCUUCUUUACAAGAAUAUCAUGAGGCACCUUGUCAAAUGCCUUGCUGAAAUCAAGGUAGGCUACAUCCACUGCGUUCCCUUCAUCUACCAGGCUUGUAAUUCUGUCAAAAACGAGAUCAGGUUAGUCUGACAUGACUUAUUUUUCAGAAAUCCAUGCUGACUAUUGGUGAUCACAGCAUUCCUUUCUAGGUGCUCACAGACUGUUUGCUUAAUGAUCUGCUCCAGAAUCUUCCCUGGUAUUGAUGUCAGACUGACUGGGCGGUAAUUAUUUGGGUCCUCUCUUUUCCCCUUUUUGAAAAUAGGGACAACAUUUGCCCUCCUCCAGUCUGCCGGGACUUCGCCUGUUCUCCAGGAAUUCUCAAAGAUGACUGCCAGUGGUUCUGAGAUCACAUCUGCCAGUUCUUUUAAUACUCUUGGAUGCAGUUCGUCUGGCCCUGGAGACUUGAAUACAUCUAAACUAGCCAAGUAUUCUUCUACUAUCUCCUUAGUUAUUCUGGGCUGUGUUUCCUUUGCUGAAUCAUUUGCUCCAAAUUCUUCAGGUCGGGCAUUGUUUUCUUUAUCGGAGAAGACUGAGGCAAAGAAGGCAUUGAGGAGUUCAGCUCUUUCUGUGUCCCCUGUUUGCAUUUCACCAUCUUCUCCUCUGAGUGACCCCACUGUUUCUUUGUUCUUCCUUUUGCUACGGACAUACCCAUAAAAGCCUUUUUGUUGCUUUUAACCUCUCUAGCAAGCCUGAGUUCAUUCUGUGCUUUAGCUUUUCUGACUUUGUGUCUACACGUGCUGGCUAUUUGUUUGAAUUCCUCUUUGGUGGUUUCCCCCUUUUCCAUUUUUGUACACAUCCUUGUUUAAUCUUAACUCAGUUAGAAGUUCUUUAGAUAGCCACCCUGGCUUCUUUAGGCACCUUCCAUGUUUCUGUCUCAUUGGUAUUGCCUGACGUUGUGCUUUUACUAUCUCCCUCUUAACAAACUCCCAGCCAUCAUGAACUCCCUUUCCUUUUAGUAUUACUGUCCAUGGGAUCUCACCCAGCACUUCCCUAAGUUUUAUGAAGUCAGCUUUCUUAAAGUCAAGAAAUUGAGUCCUAGUAUGCUUGGCUGCUCCUUUCCGCUGUAUAGUAAACUUCAGAAGAGCAUGAUCACUCGCACCUAAUGAUCCUUCCACUUCUACCCCACUAACCAGGUCAUCAACAUUGGUUAGGACCAGAUCUAAAAUGGCUGUUCCUCUUGUUGCUUCUCCCACUUUCUGGACAAUGAAGUUGUCUGCAAGGCCAGUGAGGAAUCUGUUUGACCUUAUGCUCUUGGCUGAGUUUGACAUCCAACAAAUAUCCGGGUAAUUGAAGUCCCCCAUUACUACUAUCUCCCUUCCUUUUGCAUGCUUGGCCAUCUGUUCCAGGAAGGCAUCAUCUAUGUCCUCCGUUUGGCUUGGGGAUCUAUAGUAAACUCCCACAAUGAGGUCACUGUUAUUCUUCUCUCCCUUAAUUUUGACCCAAAUGCUCUCACUUUGGCUUUGAGGUUCUAAAUCUUGGAUCUCUUCACAGGUAUACACAUCCCUGACAUAUAACGCCACUCCUCCUCCUUUCUUGUCUGGUCUGUUUCUCUGAAAUAGAUUGUAUCCCCCAUUAUUACAUUCCAAUCGUGGGACUUAUCCCACCAGGUUUCAGUGAUGCCUAUUAUGUCAUAUUUAGUUUGCUGUACCAAGAGCUCAAGCUCAUCUUGUUUAUUUCCCAUGCUUUGCGCAUUAGUGUACAGACAUUGAAGUCCAUUAAUCAUUCCCCGUGACUCUUAUUUAAGGAUUUUUCCUCCCACCACUAGGUCUGUGUGCUGUUUGCUCCAUUUGGUCUAUGACAUUUGGAUGAUCAUCUUCAUCAAUUGAUAGACUCCUACCUUCAGGAGCACUGUCUCCCUCCCCACAUUAGUCAGUUUAAAGCCCUCCUGAUGAGGUUUCUGAGAUUUUUGGCAAAAACAUUUCUCCCAUACGUUGUGAGGUGCAGCCCAUCGCUUGCCAGAAGUCCAUCUUCAAGAAACUGCAGUCCGUGAUCUAAGAAUCCAAACCGUUCCUGUUUACACCAUUUGCGAAGCCAGCUGUUUACUUCCACUAUUUUCCCCUCUCUCCCUGGGCCACGUCGUUCAACUGGGAGGACAGAUGAGAUCACAAUUUGUGCAUUUAAUUGCUUCAAUUUCCUGCCCAGAGCCUCGUAGUCUCUUUUGAUCUUCUGGAGGCUGUAACGCUGGCUUGGAUCCAGAAUAUUUUAAGGAGCUUUUCUGUAGCACUCAGGCUGAUUCCAAUCACAGUAAAAGAUAGCAUUGAAGAGGGAUAUAUGCAGAGCUCAACUAUGAGGCCUGCAGAGAUCUAUUGUGUGUGCAUGCCAAUUUGCGCCAUCUCAACAGUGGGCACCCAGAAGGACUCCAGAAGCAAAUAUCAGAAUGAGGGCACGUAUACAGGUAAAGGUGGCCCUUCAAAUAAACUAUAGAUAUGUUUAAUACCACUUGUUCAAAAUCCAUUCGUUAUUGGCAUGGCCCCUUACUUCACAUGUGCCAAAACUGAAUUCUAGCUUUGCAUACUGGCUCCUGGAUAUUAAAAGAUUCAGAAGGUACUUCUUCACUCAGCGCAUAGUUAAACUAUGGAACUCACUCCUGCAGGAGGCAGUGGUGGCCACUAUCUGGGAUGGCUUUAAAAAAGGAUUAGACAAAUUCAUGGAGGUGAAGGUUAUCAGUGACUCCUAUCCAUGAUGGCUAUACUCUGCCUCCUUUGGCUAAGCCUGCAACACUUCUGAAUACUAGUAGCUGAGAAGUGCAGGAGGGGAAAGUGGUCUUGUGCUCAGGCUCUGCUUGUGGGUUUCCCACAGGUAUCUGGUUGGCCACUCUGAGAACAGGAAGUUGGACUAGAUGGGCCAUUGGCCGGAUCCAGCAGGCUCUUCUUAUGUUCUUGCCUGGCCUCCAUAGAAUCAUAGAGUUGGAAGGGAUGCAAAUGGUCAUGUAGUUCAACACCCUGCAAUUCAGGAAUGCAAUCAAACUUUUGUCCCGGCCAGAUACCCCUACCCUCCAGCCCACAACUACACGGCAGAUAAGCACUUUCACAACCUGCCCUCUCCUUGUGCCCUCAGGUGAAAAAGGUGAAAUGGGAGAGCGAGGAAUUUCUGGCCCGGAAGGCAAAGCGGGUGAACGAGGCCUUCGUGGUCAUAGCGGCCAGAAAGGGCAAAAGGGCCACAUUGGGCUACCAGGCAACUCCUGCAAGCAACAUUACGUGGCCUUUUCUGUGGGCCGGCGGAAACCCCUCCACAGUUCUGACUACUACCAGCACGUCACUUUCGACACCGAGUUUGUCAACCUCUAUAAACACUUCAACAUGUUCACAGGGAAGUUCUUCUGCUAUGUGCCGGGGAUCUACUUCUUCAUCCUCAAUGUCCACACCUGGAACUACAAGGAAACCUAUCUCCACAUCAUGAAGAACGACAACGAGGUGGUCAUUCUCUACUCGCAGCCCAGCGAGCGGAGCAUUAUGCAGAGCCAGAGCCUCAUGCUCGACCUCCAUGAAGGGGAUGAGGUUUGGGUGCGGAUGUUCAAGCGGGAGAGGGAGAACGGCAUCUACAGCGAGGAGUCGGACAUCUACAUCACCUUCAAUGGCCAUUUGAUUAAGCCGGCCGUCGAGUAA